AUGAAGCCCUGGAAUUCGCUCAUUUUGUGCUUCUCGCUUCUCUCCGGCGUGCUCGCCACAAAGCCCUCUGUGGACCGAUUCGAGAAGUAUCAAACUCUCUCUCGCUCCGGACCUGUGGGCCUGGAUAGUACUUCUUUUGCGGAGCUGACGACAGCUCCGCGAGAUUAUUAUGCCGUUGUUCUUCUGACGGCGCUGGAUGCACGAUAUGGGUGUAUCAUGUGUCGAGAGUUUGACUCGGAAUGGGAGCUCAUGGCACGGAGCUGGAACAAGGGCACCAAGCUUGAUGAUUUGAAGGUCGUCUUUGGAACAUUGGAUUUUGAUCAUGGCAAGGCCGUUUUCCAAAAGCUCAUGUUACAAACCGCUCCCGUCCUGCUUCUAUUCCCUCCGACCAUUGGGCCAUUCGCCAAGUUGGAUGCUGAGCCCGUGAGAUAUGACUUUACCAGUCCAAUUGGCGCCGAGCAGCUCUAUUCCUGGAUAGGUCGUCACCUGCCCGAAGGGCCCAAACCUCCUUUGGUUCGACCGGUCAAUUACAUGCGCAUCGUCUCCGCGAUCACGAUUCUGAUGGGCACUGUGACUCUCUUCACCGUCUUGUCUCCUUAUGUGCUGCCAAUUGUGCAAAAUCGCAAUCUUUGGGCCGCCGUCAGCCUGAUUGCCAUUCUGUUGUUCACCAGUGGACAGAUGUUCAACCAUAUCCGGAAGGCCCCGUAUGUCGCAGGCGAUGGCCAAGGUGGAAUCAGCUACUUCGCGGGUGGAUUCCAGAAUCAAUUUGGCAUGGAAACCCAGAUUGUAGCCGCUAUUUACGCCAUCCUCUCUUUCGCAACCAUCGCUCUUGCGUUGAAAGUCCCCCGGAUGGAAGAUGUUAAAGGGCAGCAACUGGCUGUUUUGAUCUGGGGUGCUGUUCUAUUUGUCACGUAUAGUUUGCUCCUCAGUGUCUUCAAGGUCAAGAACGGGGGCUAUCCAUUUUACCUUCCCCCGUUCUAA